AUGACUAUGAGUGAGUAUUAUUCUAAGUUCAUAGAACUGAUGAGGUUUGCACCGGAAGUAGUACCAACGGAGGCUAUCAAGGCCCAAAGAUUCGAACAAGGGUUAACCUGGAAUCUACAAGGAAAAUUGGGUGGGGCAACCUUUGAGAGUCUAGAUGAGGUGUAUGGCCGAGCUGCCCAUUUGUAUGGGAUCAAAGGAAGGGAACUAGGGAGCAUAUCUGGGGAGAAAAGGAAGUCCAACGAUCAACCCCAAGGGAGUGAUAAGAGGCCCAAGAACAAUGUAAGUUUUGGGAACCAUGGAGAUAAGAGGGACUUUAAAGGGAAUUUUAAGAGAAACCCAAACCAGGGUGAUGAGAAUAGAGAGAACAGGGAUAAAACUAGGAGAAGUUACUUCUGUAAAAGAUGUGGGAAGGAUCACCCGGGGAAGGAUUGUGCAGUGUUCAGGAAGGAAGCAGACUUGAAGAAUGGGAAGGUUCAGGAUGGGAGAAAUCCCCCAAAACCCUCACAAACUAGUGGACCUGCCCAGAACACUGGAAUCAGUAAUGGUGGAAAUACCCCUAAGGGCCGGAUUUUCGUAAUGAAUAGCCGUGAAGUUGAGACUUCCAAUAAUGUGGUAAUUGGCACUUUUCUUAUACGUUCUUUAUCUGUGAAAGUUUUAUUUGAUUCGGGUGCGUCACACUCUUUUAUUUCUAGGACAGUAAUAGAAAGUCUCCAGUUAGAAAGUCCAGAGUUAGUUUCCUUGGAUGUAGCUAUUCCAACAGGGGAAGUUAGAGAGUGUUCUAGACUUUUUAGGAAUGUACCCCUAACUAUUUCAGAAGGUGAGUUUCCAUCGGACCUAAUUGAAUUUGAUCUCAAAGAUCUUGAUGUGAUCGUGGGAAUGGUCUGCCUCCAAGAGAUAAGGGAUGAAGGGGAAAAGAGUGAUAGAAAAUUACCUGUUGUGGAAGAAUUUCCCGAUGUAUUUCCAGAUGAAAUACCAGACAUGCCACCAGAGAGAGACGUGGAAUUCACGAUUGACUUGGUCCCUGGAAUUGGACCUAUUUCCAAGGCCCCAUACAGGAUGGCCCCAGUUGAGAUGAAAGAGCUAAAGGCCCAGUUGGAGGAUUUGCUUGAAAAAGGAUACAUUAGACCCAGUUCCUCACCCUAG